AUGAAAUCGUUCAUUGUAUUAUCGGCUCUGGUAGCCCUGACCUACGCUGCACCCCAAUUCCAGUACCAACAACAGCCUCAAUACCAGAACCAAUUUAUCCCAAUCUUGCGACAGAACCAGGAAAUAAACCCUGAUGGAUCUUACUCAUUCAGCUAUGAAACUGGUAAUGGAAUAAAUGCUCAAGAGCAAGGCUACCUCAAGAACCCCGGUAUUAAAGACGCUGAAGCUCAGGUCGCUCAAGGUUCCUUCAGCUAUACCUCCCCCGAGGGUAUCCCAAUCAACCUAAAAUAUUACGCUGACGAGACCGGUUUCCACGCCGAGGGUGCUCAUCUCCCCGUCCCUCCUCCAAUCCCAGAAGCCAUUGCCCGCGCUCUCCAAUACAUCCAAUCCCAACCCCAGCAACCUCAAAACCAAUACCAAGGUUUCCGAGGUUAA